GAGGAAACCUCUAUGACAAAAUUCUGCGUCAGAAGGACAAGUUGUUUGAGGAAGAGAUGGUGCUUUGGUACCUGUUUCAGAUUGUAUCAGCAGUGAGCUGCAUCCACAGAGCUGGGAUCCUUCACAGAGACAUAAAGACAUUAAAUAUUUUCCUAACCAAAGCAAACCUGAUCAAACUGGGAGACUAUGGGUUGGCAAAGAAACUUAAUUCUGAAUACUCCAUGGCUGAAACGCUUGUGGGAACCCCAUACUACAUGUCUCCAGAACUCUGCCAAGGGGUGAAGUACAAUUUCAAGUCUGACAUCUGGGCAGUGGGCUGUGUCAUCUUUGAGCUGCUCACCUUGAAGAGGACCUUUGAUGCUACGAACCCACUGAACCUGUGUGUCAAGAUUGUUCAGGGGAUCCGGGCCAUGGAGGUUGAUUCCAGCCUGUACUCUCUAGAGCUGAUCCAGAUGGUACAUACCUGUCUCGAUCAGGACCCAGAGAAAAGGCCCACUGCUGAUGAACUUCUCAACCGCCCUCUUCUCAGGAAACACAGGAGGGAGAUGGAAGAAAAAGUCGCACUGCUUAAUGGACCAACCAAAAGACCAAGGUCCAGUACCGCGAAUGAAACACCCAUUGCUGUGGUGACCUCUCGCACGAGUGAGGUGUAUGUUUGGGGAGGUGGGAAAUCCACUCCUCAGAAGCUGGAUGUCAUCAAGAGUGGCUGCAGCGCCCGACAAGUAUGUGCAGGGAAUACCCACUUUGCCGUAGUGACAGUGGAGAAAGAGCUGUACACUUGGGUGAAUAUGCAAGGCGGCACCAAACUCCACGGGCAGUUGGGGCACGGAGACAGAGCCUCCUAUCGGCAGCCAAAGCACGUGGAGAAGUUGCAGGGCAAGGCCAUUCAUCAGGUGUCCUGUGGAGACGACUUUACAGUCUGCAUCACCGAUGAGGGCCAGCUGUACGCCUUUGGCUCAGAUUACUACGGUUGCAUGGGGAUGGACAAGGUUGCUGGGUCCGAGGUCUUGGAGCCUAUGCAGCUGAAUUUCUUCCUUAACAAUCCAGUGGAGCAGGUCUCCUGUGGCGAUAAUCAUGUGGUGGUUCUGACCCGAAACAAAGAAGUCUAUUCAUGGGGUUGUGGGGAAUAUGGACGACUGGGCUUGGAUUCGGAAGAGGAUUUUUAUACUCCGCAGAAGGUGGAUGUUCCCAAGGCCUUGAUAAUUGUCUCAGUUCAGUGCAGUUGUGAUGGGUCAUUUCUGUUGACUCAGUCUGGCAAAGUGUUAGCCUGCGGACUCAACGAAUUCAACAAACUGGGCCUGAAUCAAUGCAUGUCCGGAAUCAUCAACCAUGAAGCUUACCGUGAAGUUCCCUACACAACCUCACUUACUCUGGCUAAGCAGUUGUCUUUUUACAAGAUCCGUACCAUUGCCCCUGGGAAGACUCAUACUGCAGCUAUUGAUGAACGGGGCCGUCUGCUGACCUUUGGUUCCAACAAGUGUGGACAGCUAGGAGUCGGGGACUAUAAGAAGCGCCUGGGAAUCAAUCUUCUGGGGGGGCCCCUUGGUGGGAAGCAGGUGAUCAGGGUUUCGUGUGGUGAUGAGUUUACCAUAGCUGCUACGGAUGAUAAUCACAUUUUUGCUUGGGGAAACGGAGGGAACGGCCGCCUCGCAAUGACCCCUACGGAGAAACCUCACGGUUCUGAUAUCUGUACCUCGUGGCCUCGGCCCAUUUUUGGAUCCCUGCAUCAUGUCCCGGAUCUGUCUUGCCGGGGCUGGCACACCAUUCUCAUUGUUGAGAAGGUGUUGAACUCUAAGACUAUCCGUUCCAACAGCAGUGGCUUGUCCAUUGGAACUGGGGCACAGAGCUCCACUCAAGGUGGCAACGGUGGUGGCGAAGAGGAGGAAACCCAACGGGCAUCCGAGACCCCUGACCCAAGUGGUGGUUUCCGGGGAACCAUGGAGGCGGACCGGGGCAUUGGGGGCUUGAUGAGCCCCCCUGAGGCCAUGGGGGUCAGCAGCGUGGGUAGCAGCUCCUGCCCGGGCUGGCUGCGGAAGGAGCUGGAAAAUGCCGAGUUCAUCCCCAUGCCUGACAGUCCUUCUCCCCUGAGUGCAGCUUUUUCCGAGCCUGAGAAAGAGACCCUCCCUUACGAGGAGUUACAAGGGCUCAAAGUUGCCUCAGAAGCUCCUGCAGAAUGCAACAAGCCCACCACAGAAGCCUGGCCCCCCCGGCUGCCCCCAGCUCCGGGGUGUGUAGGGAAAGGAGCGCCUCCGGCUGCAGCCUGCCUGUGCAGCUCUCUGCAAGUGGAAGUGGAGCGGCUAAGGGGACUGGUGUUGAAAUGCCUGGCCGAACAGCAGCUGCUGCAGGAGGAAAACCUUCGAAUCUGCUCCCAGCUCCAGAGGCUCCAAAAGGGGAUGGAAGGAAUGCAGCAGCUGGAGACUCAUUCCAGAGGAACCCAGACGGCAAAGGAAGAGAUGGAAACAGAUACAAAGCCCGACUUGGAUUCAGAUUCCUGGUGCCUCCUGGGAACAGACUCCUUUCGAUCCGGCCUCUAGUCUCUUGAGCUUGUGCACUUCCAAUAACUCGGGAUCCAUACUACUUCACAGCACGCUAACUGAACGCAGAGAGCGGCUUUGUUGCUUCUGUUCACCGGCAGAAAGGGAGCAAGGCAGGAGGCUCCCAAAGGCCUCCGGGAACGUUUGGAGGGAAACGACUCCUUUCGGAGAAGGAUUAGGAGUGGGUGUUGGUUUUGGCGGGUUUACUUG